CGGGGUGGACUCAGUCUACUAGGAUUCGGCUUAAAGAAAACUUGGAAGUUAUUUUUUUGAAAACCCCCAGCCGUCACUUCCCGUCUCACGACCUCUCUCUCCCUCAUCUCUUUCAGCAUCUCUCUCGAUCCCAUCCCAUCCUCUCUCUCGCUCAACUUCCUCACUCCGGCUGCCGCUGGCCGUGCACCACCGCCGCUGUUGCCCAUAUUACGAGAGAGCAGAUCUCCUUCUCUCUCUCUCUCCAGAAUCGUCUCUACAGCUCUGCCCAGCGCCGUCCUACCUCAGGUCGCUGCACACGGCAUCCUCCCAUCACGAUUUCAUCUGCAGUGCUCCCAUCCCGAUCAGGAGACGGCCAGGUUGUUCCAACGCUCACAUCUUCGUUCCGGCGAGUGAACCUGUGAUUUUUGGGUCUCAAAACGCUUUAGUCUCGUGACCCACUAUCCAAAAGAUCUCAUAUUCGUUUACCCACGACCCAGUGAGUUUGGAACGGUGAAAUCAAGUCGUUUCGUAGUCAACCCGGCAAAGAUUCAGAUCGCGUUGGCUGAAUUUUCGUUGGUAAAGGCAAAAAAAGGAUGUGCAGAGUGUACGAUAAGGUGGUCUAUUGACGUGACGGUGCCACAAGACUAGUAAUGUCGUAAUGACCCCAAAUAGAGAACUUAGAAAGUCGGGUCAUUACAUAGGUAAUCAUUCUUUUGGGAUUCAAGCACAAGAGGGCACCCAUGGGAGGCCUAGAUUUCAGAAUACCAUUUUGAGUCAUGACUUUCAAGAUUUUAAUUGCCUUCUCCCCAAUCCAUUACCGAGUAACAUAGCCUCAAGUUCCAGUAUUAUAACCUCAUCUUCUAAUGGUACGAGUCAUGAGGAAGAUUAUCUGGAAGAUUGCGAUUUUUCUGAUGCUGUUUUGACAUUCAUAAAUCAGAUUCUCAUGGAAGAAGAUAUGGAGGACAAGACAUGCAUGCUUCAAGAUUCUUUGGAUCUUCAAGCCGCUGAGAAAUCAUUCUAUGAUGUCCUCGGAAAAAAGUAUCCUCCUUCCCCAGAGCCAAAUAGAUCUCUGGCCAAUCAGUACAGUGAUAGCUUGAAUGAAGAACGUUGUGGAGAUAGUAGUAAUUACCUGAAUGGUUACAGUAAUACUUCUUCUUGUGGUGAUGAUAACCUCUUUCAAACUCUGAGUGAAAAUGUAAUUCAAAUCAGAAGCACUUUAGGUGAUACCAUUUCUCCAUCAUCUAAUAGUUCCUCAAAUAGUAUAGCUAGUGGGGCUGAUGGGUGGGUGGACUUCUCGAAUAAUACAAUUCAAGUUCCUGAGCCUAAUAACAGAAGCCAGUCUAUUUGGCAGUUUCAAAAAGGGUUUGAAGAGGCGAGCAAGUUUUUACCCAGUGGAAACAAGUUGUGUCUUGAUUCUGAGUUUAACGGGUCAGCAACUCAGGGUCCGGACGAGGGAACGAGCCAGAUAUAUUUGAAGGCAGCAAGAAAGGAUCAGAGGAAUAUUUUAUCACUUGAAUCACGUGGAAAAAAGAAUCCUCAUGAUGAGAAUGGAGAUUUGGAAGAAGAGAGAAGCAACAAGCUAGCAGCUGUAUUUACAGAGUCAACCUUGCGAUCUAAGAUGUUUGAUAUUGUGUUGCUUUGUAGUGCUGGGGAGGGGCAUGAACGGUUAGUUUCAUUUCGACAGGAAUUACUUAAUGCUAAAAUCAAAAGCAUGGUGCAGAAUGGGCAACUAAAAGUGUCUAAUGGUGGAAGGGGUCGUCGGAAGAAGCAAAGUGGGAAAAAAGAGGUUGUGGAUUUGAGAACUCUUCUAAUUAGCUGUGCUCAAGCUGUUGCAGCUGAUGACCAUAGGAAUGCCAGUGAGCUUCUAAAGCAGGUCAGACAACAUGCUUCUCCUUUUGGGGAUGGAAGUCAGAGGUUGGCUAGUUGUUUUGCUGAUGGUCUGGAGGCACGCUUGGCAGGUACUGGUAGCCAGAUUUACAAAGGUCUAAUUAAUAAAAGAACAUCCGCCGCUGAUGUAUUGAAAGCUUACCACUUGUACCUUGCUGCAUGCCCAUUUAGAAAGAUCUCUAAUUUUACUUCAAACAGGACUAUAAUGAUUGCUGCAGAGAAUGCAACCAAGCUUCAUGUCAUAGAUUUUGGUAUCCUUUACGGUUUCCAGUGGCCGACUUUAAUCCAGAGAUUGUCAUGGAGAAAAGGUGGACCUCCAAAACUUCGAAUCACUGGAAUUGAAUUUCCCCAGCCUGGGUUUCGUCCUGCAGAGAGAGUUGAGGAGACAGGGCGUCGUUUGGCAGCCUAUGCAGAGAGUUUCAAUGUGCCGUUUGAGUAUAAUGCUAUAGCAAAAAAAUGGGAAACUAUUACUGUCGAAGAUCUCAAUAUUGAUCAAGACGAGUUCCUAGUUGUUAACUGUUUGUAUCGAGCAAAAAAUUUGCUUGAUGAAAGUGUUGCCGCAGAGAGUGCUAGAAAUAUUGUUCUUAAAUUGAUACACAAAAUUAGUCCUAACUUAUUUAUCAGUGGCGUUGUCAAUGGGGCAUACAAUGCUCCUUUCUUUGUUACCCGAUUUCGAGAGGCUUUGUUUCAUUUUUCUGCUAUUUUUGAUAUGCUUGAAACUGUUGUACCUCGCGAGGAUUGGGAGAGAAUGCUGUUGGAGAGAGAGGUCUUUGGCAGGGAGGCUUUAAAUGUUAUAGCAUGUGAGGGAUGGGAGAGAGUGGAAAGACCAGAAACAUACAAGCAGUGGCAAUUUCGGAUCAUGAGGGCUGGAUUUGUGCAACUGCCUUUUGUUCCUGAGAUUUUCUCGAGAGCGGUUGAAAAGGUACGAUCAAGUUACCACAGAGAUUUUCUGAUUGAUGAAGAUAGCAGAUGGAUACUUCAGGGAUGGAAAGGUCGAAUUAUAUAUGCCAUUUCUGCAUGGAAACCUUCUGUGGAGUAAACAUGAAUAUGGGAUCGUGUUAGUCACAUAUGCAAGUGUCUUUUGGCCCUUAGCUGUGCAAACUGAAAGGGAUUGCUCAAGGACCAAGGGGGUAACUACUAUGUUAACUGUGGAGCUGGGGAAGUGUUGAGGAAAGCUCCAAUGCCCCAUGUUAGACCAAAUCGACAAAACUUCUUCUCUCCCCAGGUAAGAUAAAUCUGUAUUUUAGCAAAUGUCUUUCAAGGUUCAAUUGGAUAAUCAACAAGGGGCUAUCAGUGUCAUUUGCCCUACCGGCACGGUUUGGCAUACAUAACUGAAAAUUAUUGCCCUUUGCCCUUUUUUGUUUUAACUUGAGAGUGUUCAUCACAAGAAAUUAUGAACCUCUCUUCUUUUACGUGCCCAGAAUUUUGUAGUGACAGUGUUGUACUUGAAUCUCAAUAUAGAUACAUUUUCUGAUAGAACUACAGAAACCAUUAUUUUGUUUGUUUCUCAUUUUCUUCAUGAGAAAACUCAAAAAAAGUGCAUUUCUAGAAUGACAUUUCCACUUGAAGUA